CGGUUUUGGUGUCGCAGUCAGCAGCACCAUGAAAACCUUACUGCCUCUUAUAGCGGCGCUGUGCAUCUUAGGAGCAAAUAGCUUUGCCUCACCAGGGAGGAAAAGAGAGCAAAGAGAAGCGGACGUCAGGCCCAUCGAUUGCUUGCUGAGCCGCUGGAGCGAAUGGGGACCGUGCAAUGCAUGUGCCAAGGAAAGAUAUCGCUCGAGGAGUGUUGUGAGGUUCGGACAAUAUGGAGGCAAGCCGUGUUUCGAAGCUCUGGGAGACAGACAGUUCUGCCAGCCAGACGCCCCCUGCCCUGAAGAGCAACCAGAUUGUGGCAAUGACUUCAUGUGUGAAAAUGGACACUGUAUAAAGAAAAGGUUGGUGUGUAAUACAGAAGAUGACUGUGGAGACUUCUCCGACGAAGACAAUUGCGAAGGUGAUCCUCGUGCACCCUGCCGUGACCGUAUAAUUGAUGUAUCAGAGGUUGGAAGAACAGCUGGCCGUGGUGUCAACAUUCUGGGCAUGGAACCGAAGGAAAGCCCAUUUUACAAUGAGUUUUACAACGGAGUCUGCGACAGAGUCCGCGACGGGAAUACUGGAAUAUACUAUCGCAAGCCAUGGAAUGUUGCUGUGCUCAAUUAUGACACAAAAGGAGACAAAAGAUUUAGAAAUGAAGUCUACGAGGACCAGGUGACGGCGGUAAGGGAAAUGUUCAGCGAAAGGCAUAGGUCUGCUCAGUCUAGCUUUUCUCUCAAAUUGACGCCUACAGAGAUAGAAAAUGGCACAUCCGUCGGCUUCAGUUUGAGCACGAACACAGACGCAUCCACCAAUGAAACUCUACAUAAUUUCUUAAAGGAUUCUAAAGGAAAGCAUCAAACAUUUUUUCACGUGAAAGGAAACAUCCAACUGGGAACCUUUCAAAUGCGAAGGCGUGACGUCCGCCUGACCGACACGUUCCUCGAAGAUGUAAAAUAUCUGCCCAGUGCAUACGACAAGGGAGAAUAUUUUAAAUUUUUGGAAAUGCACGGAACUCAUUUUGCACAGAAGGGAACGGUUGGCGGGAAAUAUGAACUAGUGUAUGUACUGGACAACCAAACAAUGAGAAGUGAAGGAGUCACCGUCGAAGACGUAAAAGCUUGCCUGGGUUACAAUACAGAUUUUGGUUUAACAGCUGGCACAUUUGAAGUCAAACUUAACGACAAAGUAGUUGACUGCAAAAGUAACAAGAUCAGAAAUGAGGGCAACACCGCAAAAAGCGGAAUUAUCCACGAUGUCAUAUCUCUCGUUCAUGGGGGGAAGAGUGAAGUUCUAGUUAGGCUGAAGGAAAAGCUGUCGCGAGGUCACAGUGUCGUUGACGUGGAAGACUAUGUCCAGUGGGCAGCAACGCUCCCUGAUGCUCCCGCAGUGAUACAAUAUGAACCGUACCCAAUUUCUACUCUCAUACCGGUGACGAUACCCGACGCCACCGUAAAGAGGCAGAAUCUCGACAGAGCUGUGGAGGACUACGUUGCUGAAUAUAGUGUUUGCAAAUGCCAGCCCUGUCAAAAUGGUGGCACUGUCAUGCUGUUGAACGGAAGGUGUGAAUGCGGAUGCCCCCCUUACUUCAAGGGAGAAGCCUGCCAGAUACCCACAUCGGCUUUUUCACCAGUCUCGACUGGCACCGAUGGCGGCUGGAGCUGCUGGUCUACCUGGUCGGCAUGUGCUCAAGGAGAACGCACUCGGAGAAGACAGUGCAAUAACCCUGAGGCUCACGGGGGCAAGGACUGUGCAGGAGCUGACUCGGAAACGGGCUAUUGUGCUGCUGACAUUAAAUAAUGGUGUAGAAGACCCAAAGCAGGUGUCUGAUAGGAACA